AUAUAUAUAUAUAUAUUGUACACACAUAUAUAACAUAACACAACACAAUGGGUAGCAGAACUGUUUGUUUUGUGUGUGGUAACCUCGGAGCUGAUUCGGGUCGUAUACUGUAUACGAAACCGCGCUUGGACAAGGGACCCUAUUUCCCGUUUCUGGAGGACCACGAACCUCCCAAAGGAGCUCGACUGCUCGGUGCUGAUGGCACAGUGGACAGCUGCAGAGUGUGCCACGCCUUCCUCACUCAGCAAUGGGAUACCUACGAACGUAAUAAGACACCGAGCGUCAAGAGAUUGUACUGGCUAAAACGUUCGGACAAUGGCCAGUUCACUGGAGCGGAAAUGCGACUACAAGGUGAGUACAUCGCCCAAGUUAUGGGCCUACAAUACAACCCAGGUUCUGUAGAUUCUGGUUUUAAUUCGUCCAGUCCCAAUGUGACUAAAUCCCGUUUGAUUUCUUUAGCCGACCCUUACGCUGCCCUCGACACCCGAGGGGCCGCCGCUGAUGUUGCUCUUGAUUUAUCGGUUCAUAAAAACAAUGGCCAUAGUUCUUCUAGUAGUCGUGACUAUCGUUCCAACAAUACGGACGAAGUGACCAGUUUUGACCCGCAUGCCAAAAGCAAUAGUAGCAACGCCACCACCACCGUCACUGAUAAAUGUCGUUCAUCCUCCUCUUCCUCCUCAUCAUCAUCAGCCAAAUAUGUUUGCUUCACGUGCGGCGCCCUCCAACCGUGGAUAACACGUCGGUUCAUUUUCGCCUUCAGACAACCUUCGGGUGACCCGUAUUUUCCCUUUUUGACCCGGUUCAGUACCCGAGCGGGCGCAGCACCCCUUUCCGACAAAGGCAUCGCCGCCGUCUGCAACAUAUGCAGACGGACCCUUUAUCAACAAUGGAAAGACCAAGAGAUGGCCAACAUCAGCAUCGAAAACAGAACUUAUAGAAUCAACAAGGAGAAAUAUCCCGACACGAAAGACAAUAUCUGUAUCAGUAGUAGUAGUAUUAAUGCAGGUGGUAGUAGUAGUAGUAGCAAUAGUAGUCAUGUUAGUGAAAAAACUUUGUCAGGCAGCAACACCACCACCACAACUACUAGCAGUACAGCCAACAAAGAGAUAUGUUAUCUGUGUGGUCAAUUUAUGUCACAUUCUUCAUCCCGCCUCCUGCAUACGCUGACCAAAGACAGUAGGUCAAAUAUGAUGCAUUUCCCAUUCAUUAGAGACCUGCCCCGGCCAGAAGGAGCACAUCCUCUAAAUCCCGACGGCACAGUUAUAGCUUGUCGUGUAUGUGUUGACCACCUUGCUGCCCAGUGGCACAUGUACGAGAGUCAGGGUGUCAAACUCUCCCAGAGACAGUUCACGCUUCCAAUAAACCUCAACAGAGCUACUUAUACAUAUCAGUCCAGUGAUUCUUCCAGUUUCCCCACGUCUGAAGGGGACGUGAGUCAGCCGUUAAACAUUCAAAUCACCAGUGGUAGUCCUGUUCCCACAGUGCCGACGGGCUCUCAGGGACUUCUUGCCAUAGCCACUCCAAUAACUUCUUCGUCCACUGCCCACAAUAACGGCGAGGUUAGCAACCGUUCCAAUGUUUCAUCGGUGUACAGUAACCAGUUUCCGUCCUCCUCCUCUUCUACAAUUGAUGCCAGAAGAGUUCCUGUUGACAUGAAACCGAAUUUAGCUGCCCUUGACAACAGCCUUAAUAUCAACAACAACAGUAGUAGUAGCAACACUAUUACAGCCGCAACAAUACCGCAUCCUUUGCAAUGUGUUAGUAGUUUGCCGAAAAAAGUCUGUUUUCUGUGUGGAGAAAGCUGUCUUGUUGCCAACAUGCAUGUCUUGUGUUCUUAUCCCGCCAGACACGAUGCUAAAGUUCCAAAUGGACAGACCAACCCAUUUUUCCCAUUCUUAGCCAAUCGUGACCCUGCUCAAGGUGCUGAGACCAUGAGUGAUGAAGGAACAGUGAUGUCCUGUCAAUAUUGUUACCAUAUGCUACUAAAACAGUGGAAAGAUUAUGAAAACUGUAAAACCCCAGGGACCAGUAACCGAUGGUUAAGAAAAUAUGUUCUCAAGAAUUUCACUUGUUACGUUUGCAGUAGAACGGCUGAGCGGAAAAAGAUCUGUACUUUACAAGUUCCCAAGUUUCCUUUCCUCAAAGAUCACAAAGUACCCCAGGGUGCAUUGGUGAUGGAUAGCGGAGAGAGUGUUGUUGUCUGCAAAGGAUGCUCUCGUAGUUUGCACCGACAAUUCACUGAAUUUGAGCGAAUGGGUCUUCGUCUAGAACUACGGAAAUACAACUGGAUUCAGCCACCUGGUGGCGAUGACUCUAUGGAUGAACAACAUAGUCAGACGGAUGAGAAUGGUCCGACGCCACUGAACAGUAGCUCUCACGGAGGAGAUGGACACGACAACCAGUCUUCUGCUGCUGAUUUGACCACCACAACAGCAUCCACCCAUUGGCCGUCCUCGUCACAUGCUGGACUCCCCCAGGGUGCCAAGCCCCCACCCCUCACCAUGGUCAACUCAGGUGCAUCCAAAGUGACCCGAAAUACAGCAACUGUGCAGCCCCUCAGUCAGGUAUCAUCGUCGCCUAGCAACAGUGUGACCUCGAUCAGUGGCAACGCUGCCCUGAAUGCCACACGCACAUCUAGUUUUGCAGCUGCACUAAGGAAAUUGGCUAAUCAAGCCAAAGAUCCAGAUGAUGGUCCUAGUGUGAAAGCUGUUCCAACAACAAGUGUGAGUCCCCGAUCCUCAACACCGAAACGUGGUCCUCCUCCAUUGGUUUAUUCAAGCCAGUCAUCAUCAUCAUCAUAUCUGACCCCACCCCCUGUAGUGACAAUCGCUCCAACUCAAGCUCACCCAACACACCUCCACUCAGAAGCUCAUUCUCAGAAUUUGGAACGUACUCACUCCGUACAAAGCUCAUCUUCAUCGCUCUAUGACCCCCUUACUAUAAAACAGGAAAGAGACCACCGACCCUUGUCAUCACAAUCUCGAGAUGGUGACACAGCAAAAGAAUGCAUUAUCCAGCCAUCCCACAGGUUGGUUAAAAAGACUACAUCAUCAGCUUUAUCAUCAUCAUCAUCUACACACGGCAGAGAUGACCUUCCUCCCAGAGGUUUCCAACCAUAUAGACCAGAGGAAGAGAUUCGGCCUAUGUUAACAUCCCCUUUUGGUUUGGAUGCCGCUUACCCAUAUCACCCAGCACUAUUUGCACACCAACCCUACCCUCAUCCUGCAUUUAGUCGUAUUGAUGAUCCUUUAGUUUUAGAACGAUGCCGAUUGAUGCACCCGCACUUCAUGACAUUUCCACCUCCAGGUAUCAUUCCACCUCCGGGAGUACAUCCUUUUUUAUCAUCUAGUCGUUAUCCUACAGAUCUUCUCCAUCAACAGUACCCACAGUACCUGCCAAACAGUUCUCGUCUGGCUGGAUAUCGGUCACCUGGACCAAAUGACAGGUCAAGGGCUGACGACGAGAAAAUCAAACGAAUUGACAGUGAUCGAGAGAUUGAAAGAGAGAAAGAACGAGAGAGGGAACUAGAGAGGCAAAAGGAAUUUGAGCAGCGAGAACAACAACAACAAGAAAAGGAACGUCUCCGUGAACUGGAACGACAGCAUCAAUUGGAGCGUCAACAUGAUGCCGAUCGCAGAAAGUCCGAAGUGAAUUACAUGCGUGAAGAAGAGCGCCGACAUACACUGCAACAGUCAGAUUCCACUUAUUCAGGUUCAAUCACUCAGGGUACCCCCAGAGAUUUAUUGUAUGUGGAGCGAUUAGCUCCAUCCCAAAACUCCUCUAAUGGACUUCCCGAGCAGGGACACCAUUCACAACGAGGGAGGCGCACUCCCUAUGAAUCCGGAGAUCAUUGUAGUAGUAGCGGCAGCAACUUGAUGUCUGUGGCCAGCCACCAACUAAAACAGGAACAGGAAGUUCAUCCCACCAGCCGACAUAGCACUAGUCCAGCAAUGCACCAUGAAGACCGUCGUAAACACCAUUCGUAUUUGGCUAAGAAUGAUUUCACCAUUCCCCGUCUUUCUAAGGAACAAUCUUCUAAUGUAAGUAAUAGCAACUCUUCAAGCCAUUCAAGCAAUCAGAAGUCCUCAGACAAACAUCACGAUACACAAGAUGACCGGCGUUCAGUCAAACCACCCCCGCUUGUUGCACCUGUCCGCUCCGGAUCGAACAGCGAUCUCGAACGAACAGACAAAAACUCUGAAAGUGGCCUAUUUCGGCCAUACGAUGUCCUUCAUCCAUACCGAUACCCCAGCCACCCCUACCCUGAUUCUCACAAAGCAGAAAAGAUUAAUUCAUACGAUAACAGCAGCGGUCGAAGUAGUAGCAACAAUAGGUCUAAUGAACAGUCAUCCCUCACCAAACAUGAACCCCCGAGUGAGGGCCCCUCCAGGCAGCGAAACACACAAGAGGAGUUUCAGUUUGACAUCAACUCGAGUAUCUGUUCUCAGGUAGUAAACAAAGCCCAUCCCCCUGAACUCCCCAACCACUACAGCAGUUAUUUUCGGAGCGGCUUCUACGACCGAUCUCUAUCAGUACACAUCAAUUCAGUAGUCGACGCCUCUUUCCAUAUUUACCCUGACCAGAACUUAGUCAGCAAGUUAGACUUGGAGGAAGCGAAGAUGAGAGAAUCACGUCUGAACGGAACAUAUUGUAGUGAUAGCGAAGAAGACGAAGAACUAACUGUUGCCAUGGAAAUGGAAAGGAAGCAGCAGCUGUGUAUCAUCACAACCAACCCACCUUUGGCACUAGACAAAUCACCAAGCAAAAUGCGUUACUUAAAGUCUAUGGGUUUAACAACUCAUUCGCGAAGAAGAGAUUUAGAAUUUGACCGUUACCGCAAACGGCGACAUAUGUUCCGGGAAGGCAGCUUAAGUCCAGUGUCGACGCCAGAGAACAAUCCAGAACCUGUGACCAAACUAACUGUACCACCAGUUUACGUCUCGGAACAGAUGUGUAUGCAAAAUGACUACAAACAGAAAUGUCGUUAUCUCCACUCAUUUCUACUCAGUCCACUUACUGGCGAUAAGAAAAAAGAGUAUGAAGCAAUCCGUCAAGCGUGUGAAGAGGAGAAAGCUCGGAGACUUGGUUUGGUGCUAGAAAAUGUAUUACAGCCACAACAGCAGCAGCAACAACAGCAACAACCUGAUGAAGAGAGACUUCUCUCAGAACCAGUUAAACGAUCAAAACCUGCCCUUCUUGACAGCUUACAUCGGAGGGUUAAGAGAAAAUCUACCGAUAUGGAAGGAUCAUCUCAGGUAUCAAACAAAUUAGAACAACCAUCCCGACCAAAAAUAUCUUUGAAUCAACUACAAGAACGCCACCUGGCGGCGACAGCCAGUUCCUCCUCCUCCUCCUCCUCCUCUUCUUCAUCGACGUCGUCGUCUCAGCCACACUAUCUCAAACAGACAAGUGUUUCCACUCUUCCCUCAGUAACGCCCAGCCUACAAAUGGCUAACCCAAGUAGGACUAGUCAGGAAAAUUCCCGCCCCCUCAUCUUUCCAGAGAACCGAGGUGACAGUCGUGACCAGCGGCGGCUUAAAGAAAAAUUUGCUCAAGAAUUUCAUGAAUCAGUGCUUGCUUCAACAUUUUCAAACAAAUCUUCAAACGGUAGAACAGGUAUGAAGUCGGUGGACAGUAGUAGAGACAAUACAGUCACUCACCUGUCUGCGGUGUCUUCAAUACUGCAGCAAUCACAGAAAUCCUCUUCACAUGAUUCCCACUCCAGUUUGUGUUCUCGGUCAGAUGAUGGACGUUUAGAGGCUACAGAUUCUUUCAAUGGCCAACCUUUGUUCAAAUGGCCAGGAAUUGAGACCAUUCUUGGCACCUAUCAACGUUAUUUAGAAGAACAAAGGCUUGAGCGCCACAUUCUCAACGACCGAUGCCAGAAGUUAAAGACUGACAAUAUUGAUCUGAAUCGGACAGCAGAGAAACUUAGUAGGAAAGUUUCUAAUUUACUUGAAAGCAAGAACCAUGAUGAUGAAGAACUUUGUCGGAUACGAAACAGUGUUGAUGCCCUGAGGCGCUAUUGUCUGCAGUUACCAAGAUGACAUUAAAGUUCCUAGUUGUCUUCAGCUGAAGAAUUAAUAUCAUCCCUUUCAAACAAACAAACAAAAACAAUUAAACCCUAAAAAAUGAAAAAGAGACGCUCACUUCCUCGUUGCCUCGGCUACAAUAUCAAUUUUGCCACUAAACCUCCUAGCAAUAUAAGUAACAACAGCAACAACAACAAACACAUCAUGACAUUGACUCCCUUUUAUUGAAGGUCCUGCCAGGUUAUCUCAGCAGCUGGAGAUAAGAUGUGUGCUGACCACGCAGCCUGGCUGGAACCUUCAAGACUUGUAAUUUAAACUCUACUCUUUUGUUGGACUCUUGUAUCUCAGCCUUUGACUCUCUCGAGUCCGGCUUUAACCACAACAUGGUCAAACUUUGAUUUUACUCCCCCUGAUGGGAAUUAAGGACUAUAUCCAUUCAAAUUGGUGCCAUCAACUCUUCUACCAUUAAAUUUCUCUUUAAAUCUU